UCGUUGCUGACCAUCGUUACGUGCGGACGUGCCCAGCUCAGCUCAUCUCCGUGUGAUGUGGCUGCACUUUGCACACCAAAACUAAAGACCUGAGCCCAAAAAUUUCAAAACUGAAUAGCAAAAGUGCCGCGACGCGAGUGACAAAAAAACCCUCCGCCCCAAAAAACGCACAAAACAUAUAUUAACGACUGCAACGAGAGGAGUACCACAAAGCAGCAAAAUAACCCAAGACAGUGGGGAAAAAUCGAAAGAAAAAAACCAAAAAAAAAAACAUACAAAAGGAGGGAAAAGCGAGAAAAGCCUUCCCAGGGAGAUAGAUCCGAGGCAGCUUCUUGGAGAUUCAGAAGCGGCAAUGACGGCGACUGCGAGGCAGUCAGCAACAUCGAGAAAGCAACCUGCGAUCGCAAUGCUCAAUGGAAACGCUUUUACGGUUAAGCGGCUCUUAGCGCUGCUAAUCAUCUUUACAGUUCUGGACGCGAGUCGAGCCUUGGAAUUGGGGGACAAGUGCCAGCAUGACAUGGACUGCACGGAUUUCAUCAAGGGCAGCAGCUGCUCCGCCCUGGGAUACUGCGAGUGCGCCCCCUACUUUGUCCAGUUGGAUUCCAAGCGCUGUUUGUCAUCUCAACUCCUGGGCGGCGACUGCCAGCUGAGCGAGCAGUGCUCCAUGAAGGUGGCCAAUAGCAGUUGCCUGGAGGGGGCAUGCCGCUGCGUCGAGGGAUUCCUGCAGUUCCGCAAACACACCUGCCUGGGACCUGCCCAUCCUGGCGCCGUUUGCUACAGCCACGCCCACUGUCAAAUGUUCGACACCCGCACCCACUGUGACUUCCUCAUCCCGAAUCUCUUCGGACGCUGCCAGUGCACCAGUCCCGCCAAGAUGGUGGGUGGUCUCUGUGUGGCCCCGGCGGCGGAUCAGGAGGAAGAUCAGAAGCAGGAGCAGGCCAUCGAGAAGGUGGAGCAGCCAGCUAGCAGUACCACCACCACGACGACGACAACAACAACUCCUAGACCCACAACAACCACGAGGAGAACGACGACGACAACAACCACGACGACAACCACUCCUGCACCCACAACAACAACCAGAAGAACAACGACCACCACAACGACCACUCCUGCUCCCAUUUUGCUAGAGGAUGAGCUGCCCGCCAGUGUAGAGGAGCAAUCUCUGGAGGAGGACGACGGUGAGGCCACCAAGCUGAGGCCUGAGGUCACCGAGGUUGAUAAUGGCGAGAAAUUAGAGGCUGUGGACAUGGCUCAUGAGGAGACUGAACUGACACAGCAGCAGCAUCAAGAAGAGGAGCAGCAGCAGCAAGUGGAAGAGCAGGAACAUCAAGAAGAGGUACUGAAACAUCAGGAGGAAGAGCAGAAAAAGCAAGAAGAGGAGCAGAAAAAACAAGAAGAAGAGCAGAAAAAACAAGAAGAGGAGCAGAAAAAACAAGAAGAGGAGCAGCAACACCAAGAGGAGGAGCAGAAACGGCAAGAGGAGGAGCAGCAGCAACCUCAGUCGAUCAUCCCACAACCAAGUGAAGCUGAGAAUACCCAAACCUCUCAUGAUGCCACCACUGGAGUCCAGCAACUUCUGACACCCGCAGAUGUGCCCACAGAGAAUGCCAAUAAUGUGGAGCAGGAAACCGAGGCUGGACCAACCGAGGAUUAUCCCUACAAGAUCGAUGAGGAAUACGCUGAGGAGCACGAUAACAAACCAGAAACUCCAGAACUGACUGCAGAGCAGCCCGAACACGAAGAAUCCCCAGUGGCGCCCGAAAUCGCACCCAUCGAAGCGGAUGAGGAGGCUGCGGAGGCCUCGGGUGGCCAAGAGAUUGCCUCAUCACCCAUCGACGACUCCAUGAAAUUUGAUUACGAAGUUCCAGUCGAAGAAGCUGAGCCAGAGAAGCCAGAAAACGAGGAGGAGAAGGAGGAGGUUCAUCAGCAGACUAACGAGGGGGUGGUGCCCAUCGAUACCGAGAGUGAGACUGAUGCGGAGACCAGCACCGAGCACCAGAUCCAGACGCAGCUGCUGGAGGAGGACGAGGUGCCAGAGCCAGAGUCAGAGUCAGAACCAGAGACAUCCCAGACAGUGGCCGAUGAAGAACUGAUCCCAGUUAAUGAAGCUGAAACCGAAAGUGUGACGAAGGCAGCCGAAGAAGCCGAAGCUGGGGAGCAGGCAGAGGAGGAAAUACCAGAGGAUCUGGCUUCGGGGGAUCAUGAGCUGGAAGUUGCCGUGGCCAACGACGAGGUGGAGCCGCCCAGGCAGGUGGAGCCAACAGAAGCGUUGAAGAUCGAACAGCCAGCCCAGGUGGAGAGUGAAAGCCAAGUUGACGAGGUGGGAAAACCAGAGGAGCCAGAAACCGAAAUGGAAACAGAAAAAGAAAUAGAAAAAGAAAAAGAAACAGCAGCGACCGAAGCCGCAGAAGUGGAGCUGCCAUCCACAGAAGCCAAGCCAGAUAUGGAGCCUGAGAUCGAUCAGGCGGAACAAAGCGCCGACAUCAAGCCGACAAGUGGCGAAGAUGAUUUAAAUGAAGCCAAUCAAUUAAAUCAAGAGCAAGUCACCGAGCCAGCGGCUCUGGAGCAGCAGGAGGAGAGCGAGGAGAAAGAGCCCGAGCAGGUGGUGGAUAUCCAUCAAGAUGCAGAUGAAGCCACAACAGAGAAACCAGUCCAAGAGCUGGAGGAGCAGGAGGAGCACGAGGUGGAGGCAAUCACCGAAGCGGAGCACGAACAAUUGACAUACCCAACAAAUGAUGAUGAAUUGGCGCCAGUGGAAACAGAACCAGAGCUGGCCACCGAGGAACCAGAAACUGCUGAGAUCACCACAGAGUUGCCCGAGCAGCAGCAGCAGCACCUGGAUGAGGAGGAGCAGGUGGAGGAGGCGGCACAUGAGGAGGAGCAACAGGUGGAGCCCGAGGAAAAUGCAAAUGCAAUUAAGACGCCCGAAGUGUCGGAAGCAAUUGUAGAGCCCCAGGCGGAGAUGGAAAUCCAGUCUGCCACCGAGAAAGAGAUCGAACCAGAGUCAGUUGCAGAUGUUGAGGAGGAGGAACCAGCCACUGUAACCGAGCAGAUUCAAGAGGCUGAGCCCGAAGUGGAGCCCAUUAAUGACGAGGUGUUGCCGGUGGAUGCGGAUCAGGCCAAGCCAGAGCUGGCAAUUAAGACCGAUGCAGAUAUCGAGCCGGAAGUCACCGAAGAACCCGCUCAGACGGGGAUCGUCCCCGAAUCCGAACCAGAAAGCGACGCCAGUGAAAGUGCCGCGACUCAGGCUGAGAUUAGCCAGCAGCAGGAUGAAGCCGAGAUUGAGAAGAAUGAGAAUGACAACAUUAUCCAGGGAGCUGAGCCCAAUGAAGAGGAGGAAGUGAUCCCCGAGCCAGAAGCCGAACCAGAAAAGGAGGAAUCUCCAGAGGCUGUCACGGAAGCUCAGGAGGAACUGCCAGUUGCUCAGGAAGAGGAGGAGUUGGCCAAGCCGGAAAUGGACUACACCAGUAUUGAGCAUCUUCAGGAGAUUUCCCAACCAGAAGAAACCACUGCUGCCAUUGAAGCGGAGGAAUCUGAGCCAGCGGAGUCCACCUUGUCCCCGGAGAUUCCCGAAGCCCCUAUUUCCAUUGUGAGCGAGGAAAGCGAUCCAGAAAAGGACCCCCAGAACUUCCACGAAAGUGAGAGCAUUGCCGACAUCCUAAGCGACUUGAUGUUGGAGGGUGACAGCACUGUGCCACCCGUUCCAUUUGGCCAACAGCCCGCCCAAACGGUUCCCAUGGUGGAGGCCAACUCGGAGAACGAGGAGGAGCAACAACAUGAAGCCAUUUCCGAUCUCCAAGCCGAAGCUGAUGAGACCCAAGAUCAUGUGGAGCAAGUGCACCCGGUCGAGGAAACUGAACCCGCCAUUCCCGAACUUUUUGCUGAGGCAGCUAAUGAUGAAGAGCCGGAGGACGAAGAGCAGCAGGUGACCCCCGUUCCCGAACAGACUGUGGAGGAUCAACCAUCUCAGGAUCAGGAGGAACAUCAGCAAAUUGAGAAGGAACAUAAACCCAUUGCAGAAGAACAUCAGAAAAUUGAAGAGGAACAUCAGCCGAUUGUAGAGGAUUAUCAGCCAACGGAAGAGGAACACCAACAAAAUGAAGAGGAGCACCAAGAAAAUGUAGAGGAGCACCAACAAAAUGAAGAGGAGAACCAACAAAAUGAAGAGAAGCAUCAAGAAGUGGAAGAGCAGCAUCAGCAGGAUGAAGCGGAAGCCCCCAAGGAAGAGGAACCAGCCAAGGAUGUAGAAACCGAAUCUCUGCCAGAGGAAGCUACCACUGAAAAGUUACCGGAAUCCGAGCCCGAGGAGGAGCGCACUCUUUCCCCCGAGGAACUGCCCUUCGAUCUCACCGAUCACUCCGACGCGAUCCGUUUCAAUGAGCUGGAGUCCGACAACCUUAUCUUGGAAUCCACCACCAACAUCGAUGGUCUCCAGGAGCUGGAUAGCAACCACAUUGAGGAAGAGCCCGCUGCUCAUGCUAUCCCCCAUGAGGAAGCCACCCCGAAUCCCGCUGACAUUGUGGAGAUCACCACCCAGACCAUGUUGGGUUUGGCCAGUCGGGUGACCCUCAUGGAACCCGCUGCUCCUGUGGUGACCACUCUGAUGCCUCUGAUGACCGCCGAUGAGCCCACUCCUGAGCCAGUUGCUCCAGCAGCCAUCCUUCCCGCCUCUCUGUCCGCCAUUAAGCCCGGCUCGGAGCUUCGCAAGCGCGUGGAUCUGGGUCUGGAGGCGGUUUCCCUGGGAUUGGCCUGCAGCAGCGAUCGCCAGUGCCAACUGGCCGAUCCUCACACCGUGUGCAAUGGACGAGGAGUCUGCGACUGCGCCGCCGGAGAAGAGGGAACGCAGUGUAGUGCCGAAAGAACUGGAUGCAGUCCAGGAACCUUCCAGUGCCGCUCGAGUGGCGUGUGCAUCUCGUGGUUCUUCGUGUGCGACGGACGGGCCGACUGCAAUGACGCCUCCGACGAGGAGUGCACCCACAACGCCCGCCUGAACCAGAGCUGCCCCACCGAAUCGUUCCGCUGCCAGCGCAGCGGUCGCUGCAUCUCGCGGGCGGCCUUGUGCGACGGCCGGCGGCAGUGUCCGCACGGCGAGGACGAGGUGGGCUGCGACGGGAGCGUGAGGGGCGGCAACGCCUGUCCGGAGCACACCUUCCGCUGCGGCAGCGGCGAGUGCCUGCCGGAGUACGAGUACUGCAAUGCGAUCGUGUCCUGCAAGGACGGCAGCGAUGAGCCGCCGCACCUCUGCGGCUCCCGCGCCCUCCCCAACAUCUUCAUGCGUCUCAUCGAGGCGGGCGGCCUGCUCGGCGGGGGGCGGCGGGAGGCGGACGCCUACUGCCCGCACCGCUGCAGCAACGGACUGUGCCGCUCCACCGCCAUCGUCUGCUCCGGUCGCGAUGGCUGCGGCGACGGCACCGAUGAGCAGACCUGCGCUGUGUGCCGUUGCCCCGCCCCGACUGUUGCCAGCCUGCCCGCUUUCCUGGCCCGACAACGCCCCAUGCCGCUGUGGUAGGAACCUGCACCACUUGCACCACCUACAUCACCCGACCACCAACCACUUCCGGUCACCAUUUUGACCGAUGUUUUGCUACAUGCUGUUUUCCGACCCCUUCAAACUCUAUCGCUAUACCAAUACCGCAACCGCAUUCGAAACGAUUUUUGUCUAGCAUUUAAGUGGAUAUUUAAAAAAUUAUUUAUUUAUUUAUUAUGACCUUAGCUGCGCCCAUGCCACGCCCAAUUGCCACCUUGCUAUCAAAGGGGGUCUUCCGUCUCCUUUGAGCCAGUGAUGUUUGUCAAUUGCGCCACUGGGCGCAACCCUAAACCACAUAUGACACCAUACACCACAAAAGACACACCACCACACACACUUCGCCCCCAUUUCGACUAUUUAUUCUACUCAUCUGGACCAUCAAAAACUAUUUAUUUAUAACCCCAAACACACCUCACCCACAAAAACAGACACUAAAACACUUGAAAAGGAUUCUUCGUUUAGCUUAGUUUUAUGCAAUUUUCCAAUUUAUUUAAAUUAUUGGCCAGGCAAACCAGUAACGGAAAAGAUAACAAAAACCAUGAAAUGAUGCAUUUUUAUCGAUAAAUAUUUUGUAAAUAAGAGUAAACGUGUUCGAUGUACAUGAUAAACGACAAUGCCUAUAAAGAAACGUAGGGUAUCUAACAUAACACAAUCAGAUCAUAUCCCCUAUAUAGUUUAUUAUAUAUAUGUAUGUGUGAGAGGCACUCACACACUUUUCUCAAAGUCAAGACGCAUCACAGUAAAGCUAAAAAAAUAAAGAAACGACAAUAAAAAAUCUAUUUUUAGAAAACUAUUUAAAAAAUAAA